UUCCCCUCCCAGCCAGCCCAGGCAGAUAUGAGCAGGGUGGGGGAGCUGCUUGCUUUGCAGUAAGAAUGGUGGGCUCUCAGUACCAGGAGGUCUCUGGGGGCAUGUGUCCAGGGCCCCCCUCUGUCAAAGGGCCAUCCUCGAUUAUCAGAAGGAAGGAGGAAGCAGUGUCCCAGCAGGGAUCAGGGCUAUCCAGCAUGGAGCACAGCCCUGAUUCCUGCACUUUAACAAGAACGUAGGAUGAUAUACCUGCCAGAGCAGUCAAAGUUUUCAUUCAGUGACAGUCUGUAAGAACUGAUGUGUGGUCAGGACACAGAUAAAUUACAAAGAUGAGUAGUGAAACUACGCCCGAGCCUGUGUCCUCCCCUCCCCGAAAUGGACAGAAAUACUUUGACCGAUUUACGGAGAAUGACCCCGAAUACUUGAGAGUCCGAAAUAUGGCGGCUGACCUGAGGCAGGAUUUCAAUGUCAUGGAUCAAAAGAAACGAGUCACCAUGAUCCUACAGAGCCCGUCUUUCAGGGAGGAACUGGAAAGUCUCAUUCAGGAGCAGAUGAAGAAAGGAAACAACUCUUCCAAUAUCUGGGCUCUCAGGCAAAUCGCUGACUUCAUGGCCAGCACGGCACCAUCUGUCUUCCCGUCCUGUCCAGUCAACUUAUCCAUGGUGGCUCCUAUCAAUGACCUUCAUUGCAGUGACUCAUUAUCUCUGGCGAAGGGUGAAAGGCUAAUGAGAUGCAAGCUUGCCAGUGUCUACAGGCUACUAGACCUCUAUGGAUGGGCCCAACUCAGCGGCACUUUUGCUUCUAUAAGAGUGAAUAAAGAACAGGAUCAUUUCUUAUUCAGCCCGCGUGGAGUGGCUUGCAAUGAAGUGACUGCCUCAGUCCUAGUAAAAGUAAAUAUCCUGGGGGAGAUGGUGGAGGUCGGCAGCACCAGCUAUGAGGUGGAAACCAGUGACUUCAGCCUGCACUCAGCGAUCUACUCUGCCAGACCGGAUGUGAAAUGUGUCAUCCAGCUGCACACAGCGGCCACGACGGCGGUGUCCGCCAUGAAGUGUGGCCUACUACCUAUCUCCCAUGAUGCUUUGCUGGCUGGGGAGGUUGUGUAUUUUGAUUUCAGUGGAGAUAUGGAAGAGGAGAAGGACAGGAUCGAACUGCAGAAGUGCUUGGGACCUACGUGCAAGGUUCUCAUCUUGCGGAAUCACGGGGUUGUUGCACUAGGUGAAACUGUUGAGGAAGCUUUCUACAAAAUCUUCCACCUGCAGGCGGCCUGUGAUAUACAGGUCUCAGCUGUGCCGAGCGCAGGAGGGCCGGAGAACCUGAUCCUGAUGGACCGGGAAAAAUAUCGUCCACACGAGGUGGGCACAGUCGGCUGGGCUGGAGGCAUGUUCGGACCCAUGCAGAAGAGCAGGUUGGGGGAACAUGAGUUUGAGGCCUUAAUGAGAAUGAUGGAUAAUUUGGGUUACCGCACAGGUUAUACAUACCGACACCCAUUUGUGCAAGAAAAAACUAGACACAAGAGCGAUGUGGAGAUCCCUGCUACAGUCACUGCAUUUGUAUUUGAAGAGGAAGGUAUCCCUCUUUCCACAUUACGGCAGCACGCCCAGAAACAGCAGAAGGAGAAGACCCGCUGGCUGAAUACACCUAACACCUACCUGCGAGUCAAUGUGGCUGAGGAGAAUGUAAGCAGCCAAAGGAGCAAGACCACGUGGCUAAAAGCAGAUGAAGUUGUGAAGCCCAGCAGUGGAAUGCCCAUCCGGAUUGAGAACUCCAACCAAUUUGUGCCACUCUUCACUGACCCUCGCGAAGUCUUAGAGACCAGGAACAAGAUCCGAGAGCAGAAUCGCCAAGAUGUGAAGUCUGCCGGGCCACAGUCUCAGUUACUAGCAAGUGUAAUAACAGAUAAAAGCAGAAGUCCGUCUGCAGAGAGUCAGCUGACUUCCAAAACAGAAACAGAAAUCAGGGAGCAGCCCGUGGAGGAGAUCCCACCGGAACCAGAGCCACCCAACCCCUUUAGCCAGCUGACAGACCAAGAGCUUGACGAGUACAAGAAAGAGGUGGAGAGGAAGAAGAUUUCCCUUGAUGAACCAGGAGACAAGGAUGAGGAAUCCCAGCCAUCGCUGGUGACACCCCCUACUUCUCCUGUAAGAACUCCUACUAAGACCUCGGCUCUGAUUGUGUCUCCUUCCAAGUCCUCAGAAGGAGCAGAGAGGAAGGAGGAUGUCCCAGUCUCCACAGAAGCUGCUGAAGAGAAGGUCCAAGCGACUGUGGUGCUGAACGGAAAAGAGGAGGAUCAACCUCCACAGAAGGAAACACCUCCAAAAGUUACAGAAACCCCCAAAGGGAAAAAUGAGACGGCCCCCAACGUCUCCCCUGAGGGCUCCCCCACCAAAUCACCCUCCAAAAAGAAAAAGAAGUUCCGUACUCCCUCAUUCCUAAAGAAAGGAAAAAAGAAGGAGAAAGAGAAGGCAGAGUCUUGAUCUCCCGAUCCAUAAAACUGUUCUGUAAUGUAGGGUAUAGGAGCUCCUUCGCUUCCAGAGAAGGGAGCUAAACGUACCUGUGGACGCAGAGGUCUGAUGUGGAUGCUUAUUCCUGAGGUGUGUUUUUUAAGGAGAUUUGGACAGCCUGUGCCCGGUGCAGCACGGUAAAUCCACUGACUCUUGAAAUAGAUUCCUGCUUAGCUCACAUGAAAAAAACAAAUGACAUUUUUAUAAUUGUCUAAACACUAUAGCUGGCUUCCUUUCAACUUUCCUCUACGGCUACAAUUCAUUUUUUGUUUUUGUGGUUUCUUUAAAAGGUUUAUUUUUGGAGUAUUUAAGAAUGCAAUGUGUUUACUUUAGUUGUAUGCAAGUGAAGGGGGUUACAAGAUGACGAAGGUAUCGCCUGCCACAUAUGGCAUAGCAGAAAUGGAUGGAUCAAAUGCUUCUGGGCUGACUACUUAAUAAUGAUUCAUAUAUUAACUAUAUUGACCUUCUAUGGGACCCUGAGUCACUAUGUUACUACUACUUGCUCAUAUCAAGUCAGUAAAGCAGUAAUUGAGCUUUUAAUCUUAUUUUGGGGAAGAAGUUUUAAAGCUUGGAGAGAGAUAAAGAGGGAGAUGUACUAAGCCUGAAAAGUGAUAAAUUUCACAGUGAUAAAGCGCCAACCAAUCCGCUCCUAACUGCUAUGUCACAGGCUGUAUUUGAAAAAUGACAGGAGCCGAUUGGUUGGUGCUUUUAUCACUGUGAUAUUUAUCACUUUUCAAGGCUUAGUACAUCUGGGCCAAAGUGGACAGAGAUUUUUGGGCAGAUGUACUAAGCCUUGGAGAGUGAUAAAGGGGAAAGAGAUAAAAGGGCCUACGUACUAAACCUUGGAUAGAGAUAAAGUGGACAGAGAUGAAGUACCAACCAACCAGCUCCGAACUGCCAUGUUACAGGCUGUGAUUUAAAAAUGACAGGAGCUGAUUGGUACUUUAUCUCCAUCCAUCCCGUGACCGCCGGAAGAAACAAUUGAAUCUCCCCCACAGACUCCAAAGUGAAAACCAGUCAGCUCCUAACUGUCACUUUUCAAACACGGGUCUAUUUGCUAAGCCUUGGAGAGAAAUAAAGUGGAGAGAGAUAAAUGUUACAGGCUGUGUUUGAAAAAUGGCACGAGCUGGUUGGUUGGUACUUUAUCUCUCCCCAAGGCUUAGUAAAUAGACCUCACAGCCUGUAACAUGGUUACAGCUGAUUGGUACUUUAUCUGUCUCCACAGCUUAGUACAUCUGCCUCAAAGCACCAGCCAAUCAGCUUCUACCUGACAUGUUUCAAACACAGCCUGUAAUACUUUAUCUCUCUCCACUUUAUAUCUCUCCAAGGUAGAACUAUCUCUCCACCACCCGGUUAUGCAUUCUCAAUCAUAACUAAAUGAAUAGAUUAAUUUGGUUAUAGAACUUAAGGGCCCCAUACACUAGAGCGAUUAUGCCUGAUUUCAGUCCAAUUCGGGCAUUCGGCCCGACAUAUUGGGUGAAAUCGGGCAUUUUGGCUGUGUAUCCGAUCCAAUCAGAUGCGAGGCCCCGUGAGCAUCAGAUCGGAUCCUCCAGAUUGAAUGUGCUGCACAUUCAAUCUGCUCCGACCCCGAAGGCGUGGCUGGGAUCGGCCAGGAUCGCCCAAGUUACGAUGUAUCUUGGCCGAUCCUGCCCCCGGGAGGCUGACGGGGUGGUCGCCAGCAACAUGUCAGAUGGACAUGUCGCAGUAGUGUAUGGGGCCCUUAAGCCUAGGCAUACCCUGCUAUAGACAUCCAUAUAUAACAAACAAGUGUAUAUAUACAAAAACUACUAUUAUAACUUAAGUCACCACAGAAAGUUAAAUAUAACUAAGAACCAGAGCAUCAUUGUGGCAUGUAACUCACCAAAAGGUUACUUAAAUUUAAAUUAAAUAAAAAUGCAUAAAAUAAAAAUAAAAAACAGUGAUGGACCAUAAGCAAAACUAAAAUUUGUAACAAUAAGCCAUAUAAUUUUGUUAACCCAUAUGCCUGACUACCUAUUUAUUUUUUUGCUCAAUAGUUCUUAUUGACACUUAUCAAACCAGAGGACAGAAUUAAGUUUUGCCCAUAGAAACCAUUUAGGUUCUAGCUAUCAUUUUAUAGAAUGUACUAGAUAAAUGAUAGGCAGAAUUUGAUUUGCUGAUUUGAGCUACACCCCCCCAAUUCUUUAGAAGGUUUGGUAAAUCUAAAGGCCCCCAUACACUAGAACGAUAUUGUGCAUUUGGCACAAUAUCAACGCAUCGGGCUGACGUAUCGCGAGUAAGUGGACCAAUCGUAUGAGGUCCACUUACGAUUACGAUCUGAGGCACGCUCCCGGGGGUCGUAAGAAGAUCUUACCUGCAGUAGGUAUGAUCUGGCCCUGGCGCUUGCAAUGAGGGUGCUUAACAUUAGAUCACAUGCGAUCUAACGUUAGCACAUCGUGAGUGAAGGUGUCCUGGACUCACUAUAUCGUGAGUCCAGCAGCUGCCGACGGCUGGCGGGGAGUUGAAGGGGUCUAGUGUUUGGGGACCGUUACACUUUCUGUUAUGAGCAACUGAUAAGAUUAGAGGGCAGGCAGCGAUUUUGUGGAUUGAACUAAUAUUCAGACUAUCUAUUCACUAAGCAUUAGUGGCCUCGAGGGAUGAGAAGCAAAGUGACGUCACUAAUUCUCAGUCGAUUGUUGCAUUCUCAUGAUGAAUUUUAAAUGAUGAGUUCACUUUCAUGUUAGUGGUAAUAACAUAGUUGAGCACAAACUAUGGUGAGCAGAAUACGGACAAUAAUGUAUUCCACUAACAUUAUAAAAGACUGCCCGCUUACAACGUAAACAUAAUGAAAUAAAUAAUUAGGGUAGUAUGUGCAGGAGAAGGUUAAAUAAUUAGAGAAUAUAGGAGAAGCACGAACAGUGGGAAUUUAAUUCAUUUCAUUUGACAAUCAACAUUUCCUGCUAUAUUUCACAUUUCACCUAAAUAAGGGGUCUAUGUAGUAAGCCUUGGAGAGAGAUAAAGUGGACGUAGAUAAAGUACCAGCCAAUCAGCUCCUCAUACCUCCCAACUGUCCCGAUUUUUCGCGGGACAGUCCCGUUUUUAUGGGACUGUCCCGCUGUCCCUCCCAUGGGCCGAAAUGUCCCAUGGUGGGGGGUGGGGGGGGGGGGGCAGUUGGGAUGCUCAGUCACUCGCUGCUCUGCUUAGCGGAGAGGGACUGGGGGCAUGCCAGCAGCUCACAGAGCCCUGGCCAUGUCCCCAUAGUGACCGGAAAUGGGGGCGUGGCUCACGAGCACGGCAUUGCAACAAAACCACGCCCCCUGUAUGGAGUUUACACACCCUUUUUCCAGGCGGGUGUGGCUAUGUCGCAACAGAGUCCCUCUUCAUUACUGCUAAAAGUUGGGAGGUAUGGCUCCUAGCUGACAUUUUUCAAACACAGCCUGUAACAUGGCAGUUAGGAGCUGAUUGGCUGGUACUUUACCUCUGUCCAUUUAUCUCUCUCCAACGCUUAGUAAAUAGAUCCGUAAGUUCUACAUUUCUCUUGCAUAAAGUAUGAUCACUUUUCUUGUUCCAGAACAGUAGGUUUAAGCUUCAUACUCAUUCUUCAUUCUCCCACAGGAUGUGCCCUAUGAAUAAUAAACUUGAUUAGGAAUAGGUAACAGUGAUUGCCCAUGGGUAUUGCCAGGCAGUACUGUACUUAUUGGAUCAUUGAUCUCUAACUAAAUAGAUUAAACAUUUGUGAAAACUGUUACUUACUGUAGAAGAAGAUUUUAUAUCAAGACCUCAAACCCAAAACAUAUACUAAAUGCUCUAUAUAAUAAUCACAAUAUACACAUCUGCAUAUACACACAGAAUAUAGGAGGAAUACUAGCGAUGAUAUAUAUGAAAGAAAAUCAGGUUCAGUAAUAUAUCUUAUGGGACUCUGUUUACAAACUUUGUAUCUCUUCAAUUUAUAGCUUUUGGGACCAAACCGAAAUUGUUUUGCAUGCAGUCUUUUCUACUGAAUAGGUAUGAACUCUCCACGUCUGCACCCGAUAUACUUACAUGCAUGGAACAAAACCACUGUGUGGCUUCAAAAUACAGGUUUCACCAUUUGCUAACAAAUAAAUCAUCUGAUAAUUGGUAUAAACAAAUGCAAAGUUUACUAUGUGUGGUAGCUCAACCCUAUGAAGCUGGUGUAAGCUGUUGCUGAAGCAUCAUGGGAUGUGUAGUUUUGUAAUAGCUGGAGUACCCAAAGUUGCCUGAUCCUGCUUUAAAUAUUGCAAUUCACCUCCACUCAGUAGAGGUGGUCAUUUAAUGGGCUAGACAAUAUUCUUGCGAUGCAGCCUAUCGAUUCACCAGGACACAGUGACAUCAUUGACAGUGAGUCAUGAGGUGUAUAUAACGUCACUACUUUCUAGUGAAUUGAUAGGCUCCAGUAACUCAAUUAAUGGCUCAGAGCCAAAGAUGUCUGCCUCUACUGAAUGUAAAUAGUGGGUACACUAUAACACCAACCUGCAUAUCGUUACUAAACCUAAAUCUCAGGGGGUUAUCCCAAUCCCUGGUCUAGUUCUGCCUUAUUAAAAAAAUAAUAAUGCACAGACGUCCAUCACCUUUCUGUAAUAAAUGGUUGAGUGGAUAAGCGCUGUGUCCUGCUAAUUAUUUUUUUCUGUAUGCGCAAUUCCAACUGCCCUUCGCCUGAAUGAGCCCACUAGCAUAAUAUUGUGUCUUGUAUACCACUUGGAAUGUUUGAUGUCUGACAAUCGUAACAAUAGUGUUCUUUAGUGUAUCCUUUUAUGUAUAUAACUUUUCACAAAUGACAUUACCCUGUUAUGGUGAUACCUGAAGACGGUGUAAAUAUAACUUCCGGCUGCACGGGCUGCGUACCCUGUGUUCAUCCACUGGAGCCUCUCUUUACUGCUGUACCUGCAAAAUAAAUUGAAUUCACAGUGGGAUGUCAAA